AAAAAAAAAUUAUAAAUCAUUUAAAAAAAAACUAGACAGUGCAACAUAUAACAAAAAAAAAACUGUUAAACAAAUUUGUAGUGACGUACCUACUACAAAUCUAGUUUUUUAAAUACCUAUUACAAACAUUAUACAAAUUUUGUCGGCUCGCUAAAUAGAAUCAGUUUUUGUCGAAAAAUAAAAUAAAUAAAAGUGACUCUAAAAUUUUACCGCAAAUUUUUAUGUACAAAAAUAAAUAAACUUUGUUCGCUCGUAAUUCGGGUUAAAUAAAUUUACCGCUAAUCUUUAUAUACAAGAAAAUACAUAAAUUUGUUCGCUUUUGGUUCCAGUACAUAAUAUAGAAUUUUGUGUAUACUAAAUUUGUCGCUCGGAAUAUUGCGGUACAUAUUUAUAUAGAAAGUGAAUAAAUACAUAAAGUUUGUAUAUAAACAUUUUUGGCGUAAAACUUUUGGCGUCGGUGCUCUACAAUACAUAGUAUCAUCCAUUUUGAAAUUUGUUUUUGGAAAUUUUUGGCUCACUUAACCAAACUUUUGGAAAUUUAUGAUGACUUUGGAAGAGGUUAAGCAGCAACGGGCUAAUACGAAGAAGAGUAUUACCCGCAUCAAGAACCAAAUCGAAGCCAAUGGAAGGGGUGAAGAUAUUGACGUAUCAAACACAAAUUGAAAAAUAUGAUCCCGAGGAUAAUGCUAGGCCCGAAAUUGAAGAUUUGUACAUCUCAGCCAAAAUGAAUAUCCAGUCGCAGCUUGGUGAAGAUGUUCAUAACACAACGUUGUCCGAGUCCACCAUUUGUUUCCCAGCUCCCAUCCAUAAAUUGCCCCAACUCAAAUUGCCCACAUUUAGUGGUAAGUACAGUGAAUACAAGAAUUUUAUAACGUCGUUCAAUCAAGUUAUCGAUCGUGAGUUUGGCCUAUCAAAUAUUGAAAAGUUUAAUCAUUUGCUCAACUGCCUCCAAGGCCAAGCUCUAGAAACGGUCAAGGCUUUCCAGAUUACGAACGAAAAUUACCCGAAGGCUCUGGAAAGGCUCAAAACGCGUUAUGAUAAUAGCUCGCUUAUUUUUAUGGAAAAUAUUACCGCCCUUUUUGAACUUCCUACCAUGUCCAAAUACAAUUGUGCCCAAUUACGAAGUCUCGUCGAUAAUGUUUCUGCCCUUUAUAGUUCCUUACUGUCUCUUGGCUCACAUAGUGAUAUUGCUAAUUCCAUGCUGAUUUACAUAGUGAUGGAAAAAGUGGAUGAAGAUACCAGAAGAAAGUGGAAAGAUUCCUUGGACUUUACCAGAUUGCCAACAUGGGAUGAUUGCUCCAAGGUCCUUGAAAGGCGUUGUCAAUUUUUGGAAUCGGUUGAUACCAACCAUACUUUUGUGGCCCCUCGUAAGCCUGAUCAUCAAUCUGGUAAGUCCAAAUCUAAAAAUUCAAAACCUGGCUAUACUUUUUCGGUAUCAAAACGCUCUUGUGUGCUUUGCUCCAAAUCUGACCACUCAAUUAGUCGUUGUUCUCGGUUCAAAGAUAUGGAUGUUAGUCAAAGGUAUGAAAAUGCAAAACGUCUAAGCCUUUGUCUAAAUUGUUUGUCCAAAGGGCAUCAAGUAAGUAGUUGUUCCUCCACAUUCAAGUGCAAAUUUUGUUCUCGCUCGCAUCAUAGUUUGCUUCAUCGGUCUCAGCCAGCUUCUCGGCCCUCGUCCCCUGCUGCUGAACCUACUACUUCUCAUGUUGCCUUGAAUGAAUCUUCUGCCUCGGUCCAUACCCAUAUGGAAAAAUCCUCGCCGGAACAGGUGCUGCUUGCUACUGCCAUGGUUCUAGUUCGUGACUCCACUGGUCGCUAUCAAUUGGGACGCGCUUUGUUAGAUUCUUGCUCUCAAUUGAAUUUCAUAACCGAUGAAUUUUCCCAAAAAUUACAUUUGUCUCGUACAAAACAAACUACUGAAGUCUCUAGCAUUGGUAACACUCUUAGCAAAUCUAAAUAUAGGUCGUCCACAAAUGUAAAAUCUCGAGUCACAGAUUUUGAAGUUUCGCUCUCAUUUUGUGUCACACCUCAUAUUUCAUAUCAACCUGAUAAUGAAUUAGAUGUCUCAUCCUGGAAUUUGCCCCCAAAUACUGAACUUGCGGAUGAAAACUUCUUCAAAUCAAAACGAAUUGAUUUACUUAUUGGUACUGAAACGUUUUUCGACAUUUUAGCAGUUGGUCAAAUAAAACUUGGCCCUAAUUUGCCUAAAUUACACAAAACACUUUUCGGAUGGAUUGUAGCAGGUCGUUAUGUAUCAAAACAACCCAAUAUUUGUGGCUCUUCUUGUAUGCUCUCGAUAGAAGAAGAUAUUGAUCUUAAAUUACAGCGCUUGUGGGAAAUCGAUGAAGUUCAAUCUGGCUCAAAUGAUUUGACACCAGAACAAUCUGAAUGUGAAACAUUUUUCAAUGAUACUGUUCAUCGUGAAUCUUCUGGUAGGAUUGUUGUUAAAUUGCCCUUCAAGGAAUCUCCUGACGCUUUAGGUCUUUCUCGAAAUAUGGCUCUUAAAAGAUUUGUAUCUCAAGAGAGACGAUUUGCUCGUGACAGCAAUCUUAAAUCACAAUAUGUUGCUUUUAUGAAGGAGUAUGAAGAUUUUGGACAUAUGAGUCUAGUUCGUAGCCCUCGUCUACACGAGCCUCAUUAUUUCAUCCCUCACCAUUGCGUUUUCAAACCAAGUAGCACUUCCACAAAGUUAAGAGUUGUUUUCGAUGCCUCGUGUCCAUCAUCGUCCCAGAAGUCUCUCAAUGAUCUUCUUAUGGUUGGCCCAACAAUUCAAGAUGAGCUGUAUAAAAUUUUACUUCGGUUCCGUCUUCAUCGCUUCGCUCUUACUGCCGAUAUAGUAAAAAUGUAUCGACAAGUCCUUAUUGACUCCCAAGAUAGAAAAUUCCAAUAUAUUUUGUGGAGAAAUUCAGAAGAGGAAGAAAUUCGAACAUAUCACCUAAAUACAGUCACCUAUGGAAUGUCAGCUGCGCCCUACCUUGCCAUCAAAAGCCUUCACUAUCUCGCAGACCAAUACAUGGACCAAUUCGAACUUGGUGCAAAAACCAUUAAGUCAUCAUUUUACGUUGAUGAUUUUCUUUGUGGCUCAGAUACGCUUGAAGAAUUGUCUCGUAUGAAGCAGGAGGUUAAUGAAAUUCUAAUUCGUGGUUCGUUUCAAUUAGAUAAGUGGCACUCUAAUCAUAGAGAUUUCCAGGACGACAAAACUGUCAAAGACCUUAAUAUUGAAGAUUCUGCAGUAACUAGCGCUCUUGGUAUCUCUUGGGACCAACAAAAAGAUGUUUUCUUAUUUUUGUAUUCGCCUAAAGUCCAAAUUGAUGAAAAAAUAACCAAACGUACAAUUUUGUCGCUCUCGUCAGCGCUUUUCGAUCCCCUAGGACUUUUAUCCCCUCUCAUAAUAAAAGCUAAAAUCCUCAUGCAAGAGUUGUGGAUUCUAAAAAUUGGCUGGGAUGAGUCUGUACCUCAAGAAAUACACUCGGCUUGGAAAUCUUUCGUCUCUGAUCUCAAACUAUUACCUUCACUUAAAAUUCCUCGUUUUUGUCUCGCUCCUGAUUCUAUAUCAGUUCAACUUCAUGGCUUUUGUGACUCAUCAAUUCGUGCUUAUGGUUGUUGUUUUUACUUUCGUGUUAAAACUUCUUCAGGAAAUGUUGUUGUUCGGCUCUUUACUGCCAAAUCUAGAGUUGCUCCUUACAAAGCGAAAAUCGUUACCCAAACUUGA